GUUUGUCUCACCGCAGCUGCUACUUGCCGCCCACCGUGCCAGCCCAGCCGGAAAUGUUCGCUCCCAAACAACUGCCCCUGCCCUGGAUGGACCGGGAGGUGUUGCCAGACAGAUAUGGACGAGUGUGCAAUGGGGAAACACGGCUGCAGCCAGCUUUGCAUCAACACGGCCGGAAGCUACCGCUGUGCUUGCCGUCCAGGGUACGAGCUCCAUGCAGAUGGACAAACCUGCCGGGGUCUGAAAACGCCCCCUACCCCAGCUCCCCCAGCAGGAAGUGACCACCUUCCCGUUCCAGACGAAGUGAGAGAGCUGAGGAGCAGGUUGGCAGCUUUGGAAGAAAAGUUCCAGCUCGUUUUGGCACCGUUCCUCAAGCUGGACCUGCCUGGCGCCGGAGAGGGCCCCGGGGCAGAACCCAUCAGCCUCUUGGUCCACGUGAUCCAGCAACUGGACCGAAUAGAUUCGCUCAGCGAGCAGAUCUCUUUCCUGGAGGAGCGCCUGGAAACCUGUUCCUGCAAGAACCGGCUCUGAGGCUGCAAGAAGGAUGGAGAUCCCCGGUGCUCCCGCAUCCCACUGUUUUCCUGCUGUGUCUCUCCGUUGAGUAGCAACUGAGUAGCCUGUUCCAGCAGCCAAGCCAAGCCAAGGCGGCGGAGAGGAUGAAGAGGCUGGAAAGAUCACGUUCUCAGCGAGGCCACUCACCCUCCUUCCAGCUGGCUGGCUCCCGGGGUGGCUCACCUCUCCAAACCCUGCUGGCCAGGGGUUGUGGGAGGGAGACAGGCAAAACAUCCUAGCAAAACAUCCCUGGAAACAGGAAGCAUCUUGCUUGCGGAGUGGACGGAUUCGGGUGAGGUGAGCAGGUCUCGCCUUCCUCGGGAGGUAUGAGAGCAGCAGUUCACAACAAAAGGGGGCCCCUCUGGCAAAGCUCAGAGGCUGUGCUCUUUUCCAGGCUGUCACCCAAAAUAUCUUGGCAAGGCAGGGUUAUUUCUCGGGGGGGGGGCUAAACCAGCCCUCCCCUGCCCUGUGUAAAUGCACCAUUUGUGUCCUUGCUUUGCUUUCCAACUGUAGGAAUACUCCCACUGUUUCCCAUGUCCUCCCUCUUUCAGAAAGAAAUAGAACAGGUUCCUAGGGCUGGAAGGGACCCUGUAGGUCAUCUAGCCCACCCCCCCCCCCCCCCAAG